AUGCCUCCGAGAAUGCGUGUUAGACGGGGUGCGGCCGAAAACUGGGGAGAUCGUGGCCGUGGUCGUGGCCAUGGGGUGCCACUGAAGGAUGAGGUUAGUCAGCAUGGGGAGAACCCAGGUGGGAAUCUAGGGGCAGGGGUUGGUCAAGGUGCAGGCGUACCUCACGUUCAGACUCAAUUUGCUAGGGAUCUUGUCACAGCACUUACAGCUUCAAAUUUGUUAAACCAAGCUCCUAGAGAAAAUGCAGACAAUCGAGCCUUAUCGGCAAUGCGAGAGUUUAGCCGUAGGAAUCCUCAAAUGUUUGAUGGGACGAGUAGUAACCAUCUUGUGGCUGAUCACUGGUUAGCGCAAAUGCAAAUACUCAUCAAUGCUCUCAAGAUUACCAAAGAUGACUUACGAGAUGCGAGGACAACGGCAAGGACCGUAACUCAAGUAAAUGAACCAGAUGUUGAGAAUCUGACGUGUGCCGAGUUUGAGACAUUAUUUGAGGAACAAUAUUUUCCAGAGACUAGUCGCGAGCAGCUGAGAGACCAAUUUGAGAGAUUGGAGCAAGGGAGUAUGACCGUGUCGGAGUAUGCUCAGAAGUUUCAGUCUUUAUCUCAACUUGCGCCAGAGUUGGUGGCGAUGGAGGAGAGGAAAUGUAGACGUUUUGAGAAGGGGCUUCAUAACACGGUGAGGAGGAUGGUAAUGGUUCAACGCAAGACAAAAAACGCCGAGGUUGUUGAGUGUGCGAAGAGGACUCAGGGUGCAUUAUCUAGAGCUCCACCUGUGCGUUACAAGUGCAAUCAACCUGGACCCGUUUGUGCUCAGUGUCCACAUCUUCUGAAGGCUUAUUAUGUAUGUGGUAAGACCGAUCAUCUCGCUAGGAAUGGUCCUCAGGGGUCGGGAGUGCAAAGCGAGUCGGGUUCCGUGCAGCAGCCGGGAACGAGAGAGGAUAUUCCUAAGAUCACAUUUUGCACUCGCUAUGGUCAUUAUGAUUUCGUUGUUAUGCCUUUUGGAUUGACAAACGCUCCAGCUACUUUCAUGGACCUAAUGAAUCGUAUUUUUCGUGCGUGUCUUGAUCGUUUUGUGUUUGUAUUCGUUGAUGACAUCCUUAUUUACUUGCCUACGGAGGAGGAACACCAAUCUCAUCCCACCAUUGUUCUUGAACUCUUGAGAAAGCACCAAUUGUACGCCAAACUUAGUAAGUGCGAGUUUUGGUUAUCCGAGGUCAAAUUCUUGGGUCAUGUGGUUUCGAAGGGUGGUGUGUCUGUAGAUCCGGGGAAGAUAGAGUCGAUUAUGAAUUGGCAGUGA